AUGUCUCCAAUACCAGAUGACGACCAGUCUAACCGACAGACGAGAUAUUUUGAGCUCCCAGCAAAUGGAGAGAAUAGCGCCUCACUACCAGACGAGCUUCCGCCCUACCAAGCGCUGGCGGAACUACAAGCCACGGCCACAAGUCUCGAAGAUGGACGAAUUGAAAUCGAUCUUAGUUCGAGAAUCGCUCGGCGACUGUCCAAACUGGUUCCGACGGGGAAACCUCCCAUUUCUUACGGACAGAAUCAACCGCCUGCGUACACCGAGGCAAGCGAGAAGAGCAUUCGUAUCAAUAUCGUUAUCCAGGUCGUUGGUAGUCGAGGCGACGUUCAACCUUUCGUCGCGCUGGGCGCAGAAUUGCAGCGCCACGGUCAUCGGGUACGACUUGCGACACACGGCCAAUUCGACAAAUUCGUGAGAGAGUCUGGUCUUGAGUUCUUUUCCAUCGGCGGUGACCCCGCUGAACUGAUGGCCUACAUGGUUAAAAACCCUGGUCUCUUCCCUAGCAUGAAGACACUACGCGGAGGCGAAAUCCAACGAAAACGAAAGAUGGUGGAUGAAAUGCUGCAUAAGUGCUGGAGUUCCUGCAUUGAGCCUGAUGAGCUCACAGGACGACCCUUCGUUGCAGAUGCCAUCAUUGCAAACCCGCCCAGCUUUGCGCAUAUCCAUUGCGCGCAAGCCCUUGGUAUCCCACUACAUCUCAUGUUCACGAUGCCGUGGACAAGUACGAGAGAGUUCUGUCACCCACUUGCGAAUCUCAAGGCCAAUGGGAGUGACAUGUCGGCGACGGCUGCGAAUUACGUAUCUUACUCAUUGGUUGAGUGGAUGACUUGGCAAGGACUCGGCGAUAUCAUCAAUGCGUGGAGAGGCACAAUAGAUCUGGAGGCGAUUCCUUUCAGCGAAGGGCCUUGUUUGACGGAGACCCUGGGGGUUCCAGUUACAUACUGCUGGUCCCCAGCUUUAGUACCCAAGCCAGCCGACUGGCCUGAGAAUAUUGAUGUCUGCGGUUUCUUCUUCCGCGAUGCGCCAAAAUAUCAACCCAAGCCAGAUUUGGAGCAGUUCUUGGCCAGCGGUCCGCCACCGAUAUACAUCGGCUUUGGCAGUAUCGUAAUCGACGACCCAGACAAGUUAACAGCGACGAUUCUGGACGCUGUUCGUGCGACAGGAACACGAGCAAUUGUUUCUCGGGGAUGGAGCAAGCUUGGCGGUGACUCAAGUGGUGACGAUCAAGUCUUCUUCCUGGGAGAUUGUCCGCAUGAGUGGCUAUUUCAGCAAGUUACCGCGGUGAUACAUCACGGCGGAGCAGGCACCACAGCUUGCGGACUUCUCAACGCGAAACCUACCACCAUCGUUCCCUUCUUUGGAGAUCAACCGUUUUGGGGAAACAUGGUCCAUGCUGGUGGUGCAGGUCCAGCUCCUAUUCCCUUCAAGGCCCUGAACAGCAACAACCUCGCCGAAGCUAUUCAGUUCUGCUUGACACCUGAAGCUUCCACAGCUGCGCGACAAAUCGCCGAUAAGAUGUCGAGUGAAGCCGGAGUCAGGCGAGCUGUGGCAUCAUUCCAUGCGAACCUACCUCUCAACGAAAUGCGAUGUGACCUUCUACCCAAUCGUUCCGCAGCAUGGCUGUACGACAAGAAGGGCAAGAAGAUGAAGCUAUCUAAGAUGGCUGCUGAGAUAUUAGUCGAGAGCGAAAAGGUGUCGUGGAAUAACCUCAAGGUUUACCAACCGCACCCAGUUCAUAUCGAGAACAGACGUUGGGAUCCUUUGACUGCAACACUUGCGACACUCGCCACGACAGGAGUUGGCAUGGUCUCGUCGGCCUCUGACAUUGUCGUCAAGCCCAUCCAAGCGCUGCGACCUGUGACUCCAAGCCAUAGCAGAUCAGCAAGUCGAGAUCGAUCGGGGGACAACUCAAAACACCCUUCGGAGGAGGAUGUCUUCGGUAGACCAGCAGGCAUGGAUUUGCCCCCAACACCAACGGUUACCAAAGAUAAAGACCCCCAACACGGCGCACUAGCAGCCGUCAAGGGUUCAGCUUCGGGCGUCGGUGGCUUCUUCAAGCACUACUCCAAGGGCAUGCUUCUCGACCUCCCCUACGCAGUAACAGAAGGAAUGCGCAACGCCCCCAAGCUCUACGGCGGCAAAGCAUACGACCCAGGCGCCGUGACAGACUGGAAGUCAGGCGGUAUAGCAGCGGGUAAGAACUUUGCGCACGGAAUGGUUGAAGGGAUAGGCGGUAUAGUCAUGGAGCCUGUGCGGGGUGCGAAGAAAGAAGGCGCUGCUGGUGCGGCAAAGGGUUUUGGUAUCGGAUUGUUGAAUUUGGGGACGAAGAUGGGUUCUGGUGCGAUUGGGCUGUUUUCGUUGCCGAGUCAGGGUGCGUAUCUGAGUGCGAGGGCGCUUGUGAAGAGGAAGACGGGGAAGAGUAUUAUGGAGGCGAGGAAGAUUGAGGGGAGGGAUGUGGUUGAGAGGAGUGAUGAGGCGGCUCGCCAAAAGGACAGAACAACAGUGAUAGAGGGGUUUGAGGCGCUGAAAAUAGAGGCAGUCCAUCACAAAUUUCACUUUAUCGAAAUGGCGGUCUCCCCCGAAGCCGCUGCGAUUAUCCAGCGCAAGAAGGCGCAAUACUGUCGUUUCGCAGACUCUAAUCAAUGGAACCGCUUCGAUAGCAUCAUGCUCCCCAACGCGACUUUUCUCUUCCACAACCCAGAUGGUAGUGUGAUCACCAAGGGAGACAUUGAGUAUUCGUGGUCUUCGACGAAGGACUGGGUGGCGUUUUUCGAGAAUGAGUUCAAGACGAUGCAAACGAGUCACAUUGUCGGGCCUGCUGAGAUGGAGCAGAUUGGACCUGAUGAGAUUAAAGCUAUCUGGGCUGUUACGUAUCAUGCUGGGACGAAGGAACAUGAAGGUGGUGUUCAUGGUACUGGAGGUGGGCAUUAUCACGAGACGUGGAAGAAGGUUGGUGAUGACUGGUUCAUGGAGAGCUUGAGGAUGGAGAGGCUUUACUGGAAGGUAUUGAGCGUUUAG